AUGCUGAACUCCUUAGACGUCCUGCUGAUCAUUGCUAUGCUCAAGCCACCGGGGUAUCCCCCAAUCCCCGGCCUUUGUGAACCGGUAGCUAACCCUUCCCGGAUGUCUCUGAUUCAGCCGGCGCCGGCUGUGCUGGGACCGCUCCCGCUCCCAGCAUUGGUCGGCUUUCUCGUCCUUGCGCAUUUCGGCUUCUGUGUCUAUGUGCUUGCCACGGUGCAGUCCGACAAGAGCAUGCUGAUUGGACAUGUUGAGGUGUCCAACACGCUUCAGUGUGCCUUCGGGGCAUUCUGCUUGAUCGGCCUUCCUGUUACCAUCCACGCGGGCGUUGGAACUGUUUUCAGAGCGCCAGGCCACCUCUACUCCUACAUCUGGUAUCAGUUCCUGACCCUCUUGUCAGUCGGCGGCUUCUUGCUCUCCCUUGCCGUGAGCCAGCGCAGCUGCUUCACGCGGGAAGCGCGUGGUGAGGGUCUGGCCACCAUGGUGUGUGGCCUACCAAACAUUACCAGCAUGGUCUUCCUGGCGAUCUUCUCGCUUUCCAUGAGCGUGGCCAUGUACUUCGUUUGGUCCCUCGGUGAGAUCUACAAGGGGCGGUUGGCGACCGACCUCUUCCGAUACCAGGAGCCUUUGCAGCUGAAAGCACAAUUGGGCGAGGAGGCGGCAGCGCAAGCCGCCCAGAAUGCUCAAGCCGCAGCUGCCGCAGCACAUCGCAUGGGUGUCAAAGGUGGCGUCUCCGAGGGCGACUUUAAGUUUAAGCUCGUCACCGUGGGAGACUCCGGGGUUGGAAAGUCCUGCCUAUUGACUCGGUUUGUACAGGACUAUUACUCCGACUGUCAUGUGUCUACUAUCGGCGUGGAUUUCAAGACCGUCGUCACCAUGGUGAAGGGACGGUUGGUGAAGCUACAGCUUUGGGACACGGCCGGGCAGGAGCGCUUCUCCGUAGUCACCGGCAACUACUACAGAAACUCAGACGGCUUCAUCUUCGUCUAUGACGCCACAAGUCGCGUGGCGCCCUCACUGCUGCCUUUAGGCGUAUUUCAUCUAGAGCAUGCCUGCCGAGCCAUGCCCGCAUACAACCUUGUAGCAGUAUCACCUAUGGACAGACUCACAGUCUGUGGCGCUCACGAGCCGUGUUGCGAAGCUCGUGCCUUAUGCAGUGUGAAACUUGUGGUGCUAAGUUCCAACCUGUUGUUAUACUGCAUCUAA